AGUGACCUCCUCACGUUGGCGUUCUCUGACGGAAUCAAAUGGGGAUAGAUCUGAAAGUGGGAGGUAAGAGCAAGAAGACGAAGCGCACAACACCUAAGUCUGACGAUGUUUACUUGAAACUCCUUGUCAAGCUUUACCGAUUUUUGGUGCGGAGGACCGAAAGCAAGUUCAAUGCUGUGAUUCUUAAGCGGCUAUUUAUGAGCAAGACCAACAAACCUCCCCUUUCCCUUUCGAGGUUGAUAUCUUAUGUCAAAGGAAAGGAGAAUAAGAUUGCCGUCAUUGUCGGUACCAUUACGGAUGACGUUAGGGCUUAUGAUGUUCCGACACUGAAGGUGUGUGCUUUAAGGUUCACAAAAACUGCAAGGGCAAGGAUUGAGAAGGCUGGUGGAGAGUGUUUGACAUUUGAUCAGCUUGCUCUUAGGGCCCCACUUGGUCAGAACACGCUUCUCCUCAAAGGUCCUAAGAAUGCUCGUGAAGCAGUGACGCACUUUGGUCCAGCACCUGGUGUUCCACACAACCACACCAAACCAUAUAUGCGUUCAAAGGGAAGAAAGUUUGAGAGGGCACGUGGAAUAAGAAAGAGCAGGGGUUACAAAGUUUAAGUUGAUUUUCAUUUGUACUGUCAGGUUGGCUUAAGCAAUUAUUGCAGCAAUAGAGAUUUUGAAGAUU